AUGUACUUACUGCCAUUAACACAUUUUCAUGUUGGUGCAGAUUUUAAUGAGGUGAUACCAGAGACUGAAAGACUUGACAGCAGUUUGCAGAAGGCUCGAGCCCAGCUCUCCGUUAAGGCAAGACGACAGCGACCAUCCAGAUCGCGACUCCGUGACAGCAUUAGUUCCACAGAGGGAGAUGACAGCCUGGAAAGAAAGACAACAGAUAGUUAUGGAAGUCCACUGCACAGUAUGAGAUCUCCUUUACAUUCCUCCCUGCGGGGCUCCUCUCCAUCUUCAGAAUCUGCUAUCUCUUCAGCAUCUCCCUCACAGCGAGCCUCAUCCUUCUCAUUUGAUGUUAACAUUGUGAGGAGAACGUUUGAAGAAGGGGAGCAAGCAUCAAUGGUGAUGAGCCGGUACCAGACUCUGACUGAUGCUUCCUCCCAGGAAGCACUGGGUCUGACUCCAACUAGUUCCCCUUCUAAAUCUUGCCACAGUUCUGACACCUCCCCAGUUCACAUGAGGAGAGAGAGAAGAACAGAGAAGCACAGGGAGAGCAAAGAAACAAGUCCAGCAGAACCAGCAAGUCCCACAGUAGGCCUGGACAGAAAAACAAGGCGGAAGUUUUUGGACCUUGGGGUACAGUUAAGAAGAGCCUCCUCCUCAAAAGGAAGGAAAGCAGAGAAGACAGCUAACAGACUGUCUACUGGUAGCAGGGAAUCUUUUGAAAGUCCAAUCAGUAUCUUGGCCUCUGCCAAGUCUGCAGUGCCACAGUUUGUGCCUUUCUCAUGGUUCAUGGAUAGCAGCAAAGGAUCAAUGCCCUCCAGUGGUACAAUGUCACCCACCUGCUCACCGAGGAUGUCUUCACAGGGACUGGUCCCAAGAAAGUCUGCUUCCCAGGAAUCCACACUGAGUGAUGACACCAGCCCACGAAGUGCUAGUCCCAGAAUUUUAAGUAGUUCAGCUGCUGAAUCGAGAGCCACACCUAUUCACGCUUACUCUCUGUCCUCGGAUGAAUUUCUUGAUGAAGGACGGCCUUACUGCCUUGUUUCUUCUUGGACAACUCAGCAAGUCUGCCAAUGGCUGACUGGGUUAAACAUGCACCAUUACAUAUCAGAAUUCACCGCUGGCAAUAUCAAUGGUGAACAAUUGUUGCUCUUGGAUGGAAGCAAACUGAAGGCCUUGGGAGUCAUCAACUCACAGGAUCGAGCGACUAUCAAAAGGAAAAUUAAAGAUAUGAACACAGCAGUGGAGAAAGAGAGAAAAGCCUUGGAGAAGCUGGAAAAACAGAAGGAGAAGCAAAAGAGAAAGGAACAGGAACAAUUGCAGAAAAAGAGUUAA